UGUCUGUACAAAUUUUAGUCACAAAAUUAACAGCAUAUCAAAAUUUGUUUCGGGCCAAAACAAUACAAAAUUAGAAAAUUCUAAAUAAAAUGGAUUAUGGUAUUGAAUCUAGUGCCAUUAUCGGCAUUGUCCUGAUCUUCUGUGCCAUCAUACUGUUCUAUUUGGGCAUAGGCUAUGGCUAUAAAAGUUGGUCGCAAGUAAACACGCUGUACGAGAUGCCAGUGCUGCCGCGGCUGCACUCCCUAGCUCUGACACUCGGACAGCUGAAGCGCUUCAAUGGCAAACGGCAAGAUGGGCGAAUUCUGGUGGCUUUUAAGGGCAAGAUCUACGAUGUAUCGGGCGAAUCAGAGUUUAUUGUCGGCGGCAGCCUCAACUUUGUGGCUGGGACGGACUUUAGUCAUUAUCUAAACACAGAACUACCCUUGGAGCCCAUGGAGAGGAUCGAAUUUGUAGAGCGCUGGGAAACCCUAUUGAAAACGAUUUAUUCCUGUGUGGGCAUCUUGAUUGAUUGUCAGGGUAAUCCCCUGUUCAUUAGGAAGAACAGAAACUGGCCAAGUAACGAAGCACUUGAAGACUUUAUGGAGGAUCAAACGAUAUUGGAUUUCUGCAAUGAUCAAUUCCAAACUAAAUCGGUUGAAGCUGAUGUGGAAAACUCUUCCAAUAAUGAAAUGACCCAUCAGUUGUUGAAUGAUAUUUUGAGCGCCGAAACUUCAGCGCCACUUAAAUCAUUGAAUAAUGCUGCACCAAAUCAAUUGAUUGACAUGGAUCUAGAUUAAAAGCACUACAAAUACAUUUGGGAACAUUUUUUUAAGUA